GCCAAUCAAAAGCGAACUUUUCCGUCUCCCAUACACGUUUCACGCCAUCUUGAAACUUCAGCCGCAGUUUGUUAAGUCGCUCCAAAAUUAAGAAGCACAACAACUCUCUUCAUUGUCGCCACGGUGUCCGGUAUGAACGGCUCACGGAACAAAACGGCGCCGGCAGUCAGCAAAGGUCAGCCGGACGCGGACACCGGCUCGGAGGCGAACCACAGGGAUCGAAAGACGGGUGGAGGAAUGCUGAAGAAGCUGAAGUCGAGGCGCAGUCAAACGGAUAAGUGGCCUGUGGUCACAGAGGAUGAGCUCCGGGCUCUGGGCACGGAUAUUUCCCCGGACCACGUCCUGGGUCUCCGGGCUGUCACGGAGGACUAUCUUUGCAAACCCGAGGACAACGUUUACAACAUUGACUUUACACGUUUCAAAAUCAGAGAUCUGGAGACGGGAACGGUGCUGUUUGAGAUCGCCAAACCUCCCAGCAGCGGUCCUGUGGAGGGCGAAGAGGAGGGUGGAGAUGUGGACAGCAGUGCAGGACGUUUUGUGAGAUAUCAGUUCACACCAGCCUUCCUGAAACUGUGUACUGUCGGUGCAACUGUGGAGUUCACGGUGGGCGACCGGCCCAUUAACAGCUUCCGUAUGAUCGAGAGACAUUACUUCCAGGGACGUCUGCUCAAGAACUUUGACUUUGACUUUGGGUUUUGCAUUCCAGACAGCCGCAACACGUGUGAACACAUUUACGAGUUUCCACAGCUUCCAGACGACCUCAUUCGCCAAAUGGUGGCGCAGCCUUAUGAGACCAGAUCAGACAGUUUCUACUUUGUGGACAACAAACUCGUCAUGCACAACAAGGCAGACUACGCCUUUAACGGAGGUCUGUGAUGUCUGAAGGGAAGAAUGUGUCAGCACUUCCUGGAUUACAGCCAAUCAGAAAGCUCCCUUUUGGUGGGACAGAAGUGCUGUUUCCUUUGUGGACGUUCCUCCAGACAUUACAACAUUCCUCAGAUUCAGUGGACCACAGCUGUGAACUCCUGGAUCCAUCCGUCAGUACCUCAUCCAGCUCAGUUUCUGGGACUCUGAGGAAUGUUCUGUUAAACCCGACUGAAACCUUCUUGUCCUGACUUUCAGUAUCACGUUCCUGCUCGAACCCGUAUGCCUUAAGCCUUUUGCCGUCUCUGCUGGAAAGGGACACUUAGUUCGUGUGUUCGUUAACCCUUCAUUUAACUCUAAAGAUGUUACCAGCUCAUGUUUGUUUGAACUACCUUUUGCAGUUGACAAUUGUGUUUCCUGUAUGGAAAGGCGAGCACUAACUAGAGGCUUCACAGUAUUGUUUGUUGUAGAUGAUCAUGUAGCACUAGUUGACAUUGAGUUUCAUUCUUCCUUCAUGCUGUGCUGUCAGGUUGGAGUCGCUGAGGCUGCGCCUGUCAGGUGUUUAAGCCUGAUGUCUGCGUUAUGUUGACCACUUUGGUCUUUUAAUUCAAGGACAGCGUGAGCUCUUCAUGACGUUCAUCCUCAGCUCAUUUCUGUUACACAUUCAUGACAAAGAGGUUUACAGCAUCAGCGACUGGGAGUCGACUGUUUGUUCUCUCCAACUUUGUAACCUCUCAAAUACACAAAAAGAUGGCAGCAGAAUCUGACUUCCUUUAUGCGGCGUCCAUGUCUGAAACGGUUUGUUCUUCCUGCUUUAUCCGCUGCAGUGUGUCUGAUCACUGUUAGUAAAUCCUGCUUCCUCCUCUUCACUUGGCACAGCAGUACUCUGAAUCUGAAUCUGAGUCUGAGUCUGAAUCUGAAUCUGAAUCCUAGUCCUCCUCUGUAGGAGUCCGGUCUGGCCAGCGAUGUGGGAUAACUAAAGAAACAGGACACAUAUUAUAUGUGUUUAAAGGCAGGCCAAAGUGCUGUGACUGACACCUGAGAACGAGACUUUAGAAUCUGUUGUCUUUCCCCACAAUCAGGCGGCUCAAAGUUGGUGUUUAUUAACACCAAACCAGAUUUUUUCAGCUUGUGCAAAUAUUAGAGAUUUAAAUAUGUUGGACUUUCAUUAAACACAAGUUUCCAGUCUGUUCGGUGCACCUGUUUAAUCAGUGUGCAGUCUGCCUUAAAUCCUACAUUUGAUUGGUUGUGUGUUCCUUCAGGAGGCCGUGGUGCUGUUCAGGGCAAAAGAAAAGGUGGGAUGUCUAAUUCACCAAACAAAGCAGUGAAGAGUUUAAAAAUGUCUCCUGUUUGCAAAGUCAGAUUGUCCACUGCGAUCAGCUGCCUUUGUUUCUUUGGUUUUCAUGUCGUAAACAAAAGAAUGGAAAUCAGCUGCGCCCUGAAAGCCAGGAGGGGAACCCAAAACCUGGAAAAGAUCAGCUUGUCCUUAACACCAUGAUGUAAUGUGGAGUUAAAUAAUGCAGGGCCACAGGAACAGUCUGGACGUUGUCUUCAGUACUCAGAUGAUCUGGGCUUCAGUUCGCUUUGUUACAUGGACUUCAUGUGCCUUAAAUCCAAGUUUUCAUUGUUUUGUUUUUCAUCCAGCUGCAAGUCAAGCACAGCUUGAAGGAUCAGCUCAUGAUGUAGCCUGUGGGUAAGCUGGUGUCAUGCCAGGCCCUCACCUGGACAGCUGUAGCCUUUGACCCUGUGGGCGUGUCUCAGGCCUGGACAGCGUUUGACCACACAGUAUCUAAAUCAGUGGUUCCCCACCUUCUGUUCGGCCCCUGAAACCAGCCGUCAUGUCCAAAUGUGUUCAGAGCUGAUUUGAAGCUGGGUGUUAAUAAUAUUUUCAUACAAUUCAGUUCAGUUUGGUCAAGUUUACGUGGCAGGAAGUGGACGUUUCAGGCGUUCACACUAAAAGCCAGCUGUUUCAACUAUUUAUUGAUUACUUUCUUGUGGCGGUUUCAGCCCUUUAUCAGUCAUCUUUAGCUGUUUAACCAUUUAAGCACAUCUGUUAGAAGUUAUAUUUUCCUGUUUCAGGUUCACUGCAGGUUUUCCUUGUGGGUUUACACCAAUCGGCUGAGCUUCUCUUCAGUCUUUCCACGUAGUCCUGGUUGGGAAUCACUGAUCUGAAUACAAGGCGGGGACGUGUUCUCCAUCUGCACAAAGAGACGACCCGGGAAAUGAAUGAAUCCACUCUGUAGCCCGUUCAGACUCCUCUUGUUGUAUUGGCUGACUUUACAAACAUGUAUGUUGUAUCAGAUUUGUUGUAAAUAAAAACCUGACUGACUGAAAACUCA